AUGGCGGCGACAUUCGCGACUCACUCCCCUGCUCUUCGCCUCGCGCUCCUCCUGCUUCUCGUCUCCGGCGGCGCGCUUCGACCGGCCGAAUCGGAGUCGAUCGGAGAAUCAAAUCCAGCCGGCCCGAAGAAGCGCGUGUCCCUCACGCGCCCCGCGCACGCACAGCUGAUGCAGCGCCGACACCAGCAGCACCACCACCAGUCCUCCGCCUCAGUCCUUCGCGGCGGCUUCGGCGGCGGCUUCAACGGCGGCGUCGCGACCGUUUCAGCAGCCGUCGGCUUUCCCGUAGUCCGCUCCUCCGCCACUCACGUCACCUCCCACGCCACCACCGCCGCCGCCGCCGCCGCCGCUGCCGUCGCCGCUGGUGCCGUCACGCCGGCCGGCAGCCCGCCAAUCAAGUACCACGGCGGGCCGGUGGUGGUGGGCAAUCCGGCGGUUAACGUUUACCACAUCUACUACGGCAGUUGGGGGGCGGGGUCGGGCAAGGAGGUGAUAGACGCGUUCGUGCAGGCGCUGAGUAGCGACUCGGGCAGCCAGGGCAGCGCGCUGACUUUUGAGUCGACUCAAAAGGGGCCGGGGUCGGGCAGGGAGGUGAUAGACGCGUUUGUGCAGGCGCUGAGUAGUGACUCGGGCAGCCAGGGCAGCGCGGGGGACGCGAGUGUGAAGGGGUGGUGGGCGACAACUGCUGCUUAUUACCAGUCUGGCUCUGGGGGGAAGAAGAACGUGAGCUCCAAGGUUCGUCUGGCAGGCACAGUAAGCGACAACUAUUCGCGCGGAAAGCAGCUGACAGACAAUGACGUGCUCGCUAUCGUGAAGAGCAAGGCCGGUGCGGGCAAGCCAUGGGCGCUGGACCCCCACGGGAUCUAUGUGCUGCUCACCAGUUCAGACGUCACUCUCAAAGGCUACUGCACAGAGUACUGUGGAUGGCACACCGAAGACUCGAUCAACUCCUCGCCUCUGCGCUACGCCUUUGUGGGGCACCACGGGCAGUGCCCCGACGCGUGCGGGGUAGAGAGCACGUCACCCAACGGGAAGCCGGCUAUUGACGCUACUAUCUCCACGCUCGCGCAUGAGCUCACCGAAGCUGCCACCGACCCGGACGUGAGUGCGGGGUGGUUUGACGACAACGACGAGAACGCGGACAAGUGCUCGUGGAAUUAUGGCAACACUAAGACUGGUUCCCAGCAGAACGGGCAGAGCUACAAGUACAACGUGGUGGGGCUGAAUGGGAUGAAGUUCCUGGUGCAGCUUAACUGGGACCGCGUGAAAGGCAAGUGCGUCCUGCAGAACGCCCUGCCUAGUGAGGGUGGUGGCGGGGGAGGCAGUGUGAAGAUGAGGUGCGAUUGCAACUGUGCUAGUGCCAGCAACCCCAUGAGCUGCCAAUGCUCCUGCACCAAGACAGGGUGA